UUUUUAUCUCAAAGCUUUUUUUGAAAGUCGUUUUACUUCCGAUCCAGCAUGUGCGAUUCAAGUAACUGUGAAUCUCCCUAUCUCUCAAUUAUUUGUCAGAACCUAAAACAUGCUUUAAAAAAUACGGAUUUAACUAGCAUUCCGGGGAUUCUACCUUACCACUCCGGAAAAGUUCGAGAUAUAUUUUCCCUAGCCGAUUUACCCAACAACCUUUUAAUGGUGACUUCAGAUCGUCUCAGCGCCUUCGACCGUGUAUUGACUGACAUUCCAUUCAAAGGACAAGUAUUGGCACAACUCAGCCAAUAUUGGUUUCAAGAACUUUCGCAUAUUAUUCCCACGCACUUUAUAUUAUCGCUUGAUCCUAACGUCUGGUUGACUCAUCGAUGCACCGUUUUCCAAAUUGAGUUCGUAGUUCGCGGAUAUAUUACGGGUACUACUGAAACAAGCCUGUGGACCCGUUAUGCUGCCGGAGAAAGGACAUACUCUGGUAUUAAGCUAGAAGAGGGAUUGAAAAAGAACCAAAAAUUACCAUGUCCAGUUGUAACACCAACAACAAAAAGUACUGAUCACGACAGACCUAUCAGUCCAGAAGAAAUUGUACAAGAAGGAUGGAUGAAAAAAGAAGAAUAUGAAUAUUGUGCAAAAAAAGCAUUGCAACUAUAUGAAAAAGGAGUCAAAACGGCAUUAGAAAAAGGAUUGCUAUUAGUUGAUACAAAAUAUGAAUUUGCCAAGGACCAAAAUGGUGUGAUCCUUCUAGUCGAUGAAGUUCAUACUCCAGAUUCUUCUCGAUAUUGGCUUGCUUCUUCUUAUAUGGACCGUUUUUCCAAUAAUUUAGAUCCAGAGUGCUUUGACAAGGAUAUCAUUAGAAGAUGGUACCAGAAAAAUAGCGAUCCAUAUCGCGAUGAAAAUUUACCAGAGGCUCCAAAAGAACUGAUAGCCGAUGUCUCACUGCGCUAUAUUAAGUUAUACGAGACCUUAACUGGCCUGAAGUUCGAAUUUCAAGAUGAACUGGAUACAUCUAGGCGCGUCCGGACCAAAAUUGAAAAAUGGAUAAACGGAAGUAAAAGCCAGACAAGUUAAAAAUAUGCCUGUUAGUUUGUUUCAGAUUUGAUGUGACACUUGAUUUGUAACGCUUAUCGUAUAUCUGCAUCGCACAAGGAUGUUAUACAACCAGACACAAAUGUUUUAGUUCACCAUUUUCAAACUUAUCAACUGUUUCACGUCUGUCUCCCUUUACAAAUACGUGCAUAGAAUCUUUGUCUCCCUCUGUGGAUCCACCUGCAGUGCUGAUAUCUAAAAAUCAAACCGGAUCCUCGGGGAAUGCCAUUGACAAAAAGAGUAAAAAAAACAGAGAUUAGAAAAUAGAAAAAAAUGUAGAAGAGUCCUUCACGAAUGAUUUUGUAUAUGGUGAAUCUAAUAAUCCUUUAGACUCAUCUUAUGUACCUACACCUGGUAGGUCAAAAAAAUUAGGUUCUGAAAAAAAAACCCCCGUGAAGUGAACCAAUAAAUCAGGGGUCUUUGACCAAACAUUUAUUUUUUUAAUAAAUAGAGAUUAUUUUAUGUAGGUUUUCUACGUUAAAUACGUAAA